CGGAAGCCUCUUCGCCGCGUGUCGCUCUCACCUCGCGGCAGUGCCUUCCAGAACACGCCACAGCGGCCAGACGGAUGCCAAGGCCACACGGCAGUCGCGCGGGCAGCCGCCGUCUCACGCGGGCUCCGGACAUCCAGGGCUGCUGAUGAAGUGACCAAGAAGAAAAAGGGGAACAUCUUCAUUUUGUAGGAAGGACAACAUGGACCAGCCUUUUACUGUGAAUUCUCUGAAAAAGCUGGCUGCUAUGCCUGACCACACAGAUGUUUCCCUAAGCCCAGAGGAACGGGUGCGUGCGCUCAGUAAACUUGGCUGCAACAUCUCCAUCAGUGAAGACAUCACCCCACGCCGCUACUUCCGAUCAGGAGUAGAGAUGGAGAGAAUGGCAUCAGUGUAUUUACAAGAAGGAAACCUGGAAAAUGCCUUUGUUCUUUAUAACAAAUUUAUCACCUUGUUUGUAGAAAAGCUUCCUAGCCACCGAGAUUACCAGCAGUGUGCAGUACCCGAAAAGCAGGAUAUUAUAAAGAAACUGAAGGAGAUUGCAUUCCCAAGGACAGAUGAAUUGAAAAAGGACCUCUUAAAGAAAUACAAUGUAGAAUAUCAAGAAUAUUUGCAAAGCAAAAACAAAUAUAAAGCUGAAAUUCUCAAAAAACUGGAGCAUCAGAGAUUGAUCGAGGCGGAAAGGAAGCGGAUCGCUCAGAUGCGCCAGCAGCAACUGGAAUCGGAACAGUUUCUGUUUUUUGAAGAUCAACUCAAGAAGCAAGAGUUGGCCCGGGGUCAGAUGCGAAGCCAGGAGAGCCCAGUGCUGUCAGAGCAGAUUGAUGGGAGUGCUUUAUCCUGCUUUUCCACGCACCAGAACAACGCCCUGCUGAACGUAUUUGCAGAGCAACCAAAUAAAAGUGAUGCAACCAGUUUGGCUGGUCACUCUCCUCCAGUGAACCGGGCCCUAAAGCCAGCUGCUACUCUAAGUGCAGUGCAGAAUUUAGUGGUUGAAGGGCUGCGAUAUGUAGUUUUAUCGAGAGAUCUUUGCCAUAAAUUUCUGCAGCUGGCGGAAUCCAAUACCCUGCGAGGCAUAGAAACCUGUGGCAUCCUCUGUGGAAAGCUGACACAUAAUGAGUUUACUAUUACCCACGUAAUUGUGCCAAAGCAAUCUGCAGGGCCAGACUACUGCGAUAUGGAGAAUGUUGAAGAACUGUUCGGUGUUCAAGACCAACAUGACCUUCUCACUCUGGGAUGGAUCCAUACACAUCCCACUCAGACAGCAUUCUUAUCCAGCGUUGAUCUUCACACUCACUGUUCGUAUCAGCUCAUGUUGCCAGAGGCUAUCGCCAUCGUCUGUUCACCAAAACACAAUGACACUGGCAUCUUCAGGCUCACCAACACUGGCAUGCUUGAGGUUUCUGCUUGUAAAAAGAAAGGCUUUCAUCCACACACCAAGGACCCCAGGCUGUUCAGCGUUUGCAAACAUGUGUUGGUAAAGGACAUAAAAACAACUGUGUUGGACCUGAGGUGAUGUGUUCUGAACAGAGCGCCAUCAACACCCAACUCCCACCCAUGGACAUGUGGCUGCUGGAUUUUCUUAAGAUGUUUCCAGAAGUGACUGAUAUUUUAUAUUUAUACAUUUUAGAUCAGAAAGUUUGAUAUUUAUUGCUCUUGCAUAUUUUGAAGUUUUCUUUGGGGAUCGAUGUGUCUUAAGAGAGACCACAUGGUAUUAAAACAGUCCCUAUAAUGUACCCAAGUCCACCAACCUGACAAUAAAUUGUGCUGCAAGC